UCGGAACUUUCUGGCGGGUUUUGAGAAAGACAUUUCUAAGUGAUUUUUAGCGGACGACUAGAAUGCAUUUUGUGGACGUCUUAAAGUGUUGGGAAAAUUGCAAGUCACUAGAGAAUUAUGAUAGUCUGCCGACGGUGAUCAACACUUACAUACAAUCUUCAAACUCUCGCAUAAAUUUGACCACUGCUGACGAUGUAAAAGCUUUAAACUCCCUUAUAGCAGCUGGUUUUUGUGAUGAAUAUGGUGCAGCUGCACAGAAUGCCAUUAUUGAUCUCAUCAUCUUUUUUGGUCACAAUAUACAAACUCGAUAUCAACUUCUAACAUAUUUCUCUAUAUUAAAACCAUUGAUAUAUGGAAUCAUAUUAGAUUCUACUGUUUGUGAUAAAACUAAGUUGCUAGAAGCGCUACAGAUAUAUACUGAAAAUUUACAUAAUUUGGAUAUACCAAUAGAACCGAUUCUAUUUUCUCGUGCACUUCAUUACAUCAUUCGUAUCAUUCAUUCAAAUGAUGAUUUUCUAGAACCAGCUCUUGGUAUCUUGGCUAAUUUAUCUCAUUUUUCAAAUCUUGUAAAACAAACAUUAACAAAAAAGGAAGACUUUGAAGCAUUGCGAAGUUGUCUACUUCGUAUCAUAAGUUCAGACCAAGUAAGCCGUUCUGCUUUGAUUUUCUCUGUUGCUGUGAGAUUUCAUUUAUGGAAUUCCGCUGAUAAAUUCUUCGAAGGUUUGAAUGCUCACAGAACACUUCAAGUUUUAUUUAACGUCUUGUUAAAUGGCGAUGUUAGUGUUUGUGGUCUAUGCGCUGGUGAACUACUGGGUGAUCUUUCAAGCGCAGAACCUGAAUUCUUUACAUCUAUACUCAUCAGCUUCCCUGCUCAUAAGACUUUUAUUCAAGAAAUGGUUACUCAAUUAAGAGCCAAAGACACAUCACUUGUACUAAAGUUAAUCAAUCUUCUACGUAUACUUUUGGAAAAUUGUGUUAAUUCUGGACUUGAUGUUUAUAUACGUCAAUUAUUCUUUAAUUCCAAUUCGAACUCUAAUAAUCAUAAUCAUAAUGAAAAACAACUAUUAGAUAAUGAUUUAUAUCAACCAAAUGAUUCACUUACAAAUUUAUUCACAUUAAUUAGUGGUUCCGAUGAUUUAAUUGGAUCAGCUGCAUUGGAUUUAUUAGAUGAAUUAGUGAAAAUGCCCAACACAAAAAAUUCAACCGAUGUCAGUAUACCACGUGACUUUUUAUUUGUCAGAACUGUUGAAGCAUUACGAAAAAUUGGUGAUUUAUCAGAUUCUUUAAAAACUGCUAAUGAUUGUUGUUAUUGGAAUCGAAUUUUUAUAUCAGGUCAUAUUUUUAGAGCUCAACUAUUAAUUCGACACUUGAAACAUUUAAUUCAUCUUUUCCGAAUUGAUAUAUCUGCUACAACGCCUGCAUUAAAUUUAACUGAAUCAGAUAUUCUUUCACAAAUUCCUAUUUUAAGUAAUUUUCUAUGUCAAUUAGUACAUAAUCAUUUGGAUAAUAAUCGAUUGCUUGAAAUUCUUUUAAAUAAUGAUGAUCAUAAUAGUAAUCAUGAAAAUCUACGUGUUGUUGAUCAUCAUCCAAUGAUGACUAAUAAAUCCGAUAUUGAUCUAUGCCUCUUAUCUUGUGCACUUUCAACUGAAUCAAUAGGUCUUCUUUUUCAUUGUACUGAAUUAUUGUCAUCCUGUGCACCUGUCACUACUACUCAAGAUGAUGACGAUGAGGAGGAUAAUGAAGUAUCGCUUACACAAGACACACCAAUUAAACAUCAUUUAAACAAUGAUUUAAAGUUUACACAAAAUAUUGCUCGACAAUGUGGUUAUUCAUUGCAAUCACUUAUUGAACGUCCAGAAAUGCCUGGUCUAUUAGCAUUAUGCUUAACCGCAUCUAGUCCUUUCUAUCAGAAUCAUGAUAUUCUAGGUGUGGGAUUGCAGACACGUGAAGAUGUUUUCCAAUUGUUGAAUGUAGUUUAUCAUGUUGAAAAAUUUGAUCAUAAUCGAUUUGUAUUUUUAUUCAAUCAACUCAUCAAUCCGUUUGGACAUUGUGAUGGAAAUAAAUUGCUGAAAUUUCUAUCCGAUGAACAAUAUCAUAAUCAUUCUUAUUCUCAUCAUCAUCAUCAUGAACAACAACCAAAUAAAAUUAAACCUCUAUUUUUAAAUAAAUGGUUUCGUUCAUUAGCUAAUGAAGAUAUAAAUAAAUUGAAAUCAACUAAUCAUCGAUCAACUGAUCUAAAAUCAUCUCAUCCAGAUUCAUCAGAAAUGAAAUUAUUAGAACAGAAUAUUGACAAAUUUUUGGCUAAACAAAAAUUGAAUGAUAAUGAUGAUAAUUAUACUACGGACGAUAUAAAACUAACAUUAUCCAUGUAUGAAUACAAAAUCCGUCUGUUACAAUCCCGUGAAAAAAUCCUAGAAAAAAAUGCUGAAAUCAAUGCUGAAGCCUCAUUGAGUGCACAUAAACUAUGCGAUUAUUAUCGACAACGUCUGCAAUUAGUUGAAUACGAGUCAACUAAAUUACGUAUGCUACAAAUGGAUUCGAUCAGUAAUAUACAUCAUUAUAAACAACAAAUAUCCAAUGCAACAGAACAAAUUGAGAAAUUCAAUAAUAAAAUUACUGAACUCAAUGAACAAUUAGAAGUUAAACAAAAAUCUUAUGAAGAAUCCGAAUCAAAAGUGGAAACUCUUCAAAAUAAAUUAAAAGCUGCACGUGAACAGAUUAGAUCUAUGGAUUUGACAAUUGAUGAUUAUCGAAACCAAUUAAAUCAGGCUCAAAAUCAAAUUCAAGUUCAAACUGCACAAAUAAAUAAAUUCACUCAAAUUACAAGGCUUAUUAACGAUCUUACUGUGAAUCCAUCAGCUGAAUUGGGGAAUUCUUUGGCUACUACUAAUGCCCUCGAUCGACCUGUACAACCAGAUCCGAUUACUUCUCAAUCUGUUUGUGACACUGGUCGUGUUACUUCUGUUUCAACUCGAAAAAUGGCUAGCCGCAAUACACGGCAUUAAGUAACUCGAUAUAUAUAUAUAUGUAAUUAUUUUCUCUUUGUAAAUAAAUAUAAAUCUAUUUUCUAAGAAA